AUGCCGUCGGCGGUUAGUGGUGGCGGUGGUCACGGCGGCGGUGGUGGCGGUGGAGGCAACAUGAAUCCGCAGACGAACGAGGAAUGUGGCAUUCGGGACGUGUGGCGGCACAAUCUGGACGAGGAGUUUCGCACUAUACGGUUGAUCGUGCAGAAGUAUCACUACGUAGCGAUGGAUACGGAAUUCCCUGGUGUGGUCGCACGACCCGUCGGUGAAUUUCGCUCGUCAGCCGACUACCAGUACCAAAGCCUGCGUUGUAACGUGGAUCUGCUGCGCAUCAUCCAGCUCGGUCUAACGUUUAUGGACGAUGAUGGGCGUACACCGGCAGGCUUCUCAACGUGGCAGUUCAACUUUAAGUUCAACCUGAACGAGGAUAUGUACGCACAGGACUCGAUCGAUCUGCUGCUCAACUCGGGCAUUCAGUUUAAAAAACACGAAGAAGACGGUAUCGAUCCGCAGGACUUUGCCGAACUACUCAUGACAUCCGGUAUCGUGCUGAUGGACAAUAUCAAGUGGUUGAGUUUUCAUUCUGGGUACGACUUUGCAUACCUGUUGAAGCUGCUCACCGAUCAGAACCUGCCGGCCGAAGAGGGCGAUUUUUUCGAACUGCUUCGGAUCUACUUCCCGACCAUCUACGACGUAAAGUAUUUGAUGAAGUCGUGCAAAAAUCUAAAGGGCGGCCUGCAGGAGGUAGCAGAUCAGCUGGAACUAAGACGGGUCGGGCCGCAGCAUCAGGCCGGAUCGGAUUCGCUGCUCACCGGGAUGGCAUUCUUCAAAAUGCGAGAGAUGUUCUUUGAGGACAAUAUUGACAAUGCCAAGUAUUGUGGCCAUCUGUACGGACUUGGGACACCCUUCGUCGCGAAUGGCAACAAUACUGCGGCAGGCGGUGGUGGAAGCGGCGGUGGUGGUGCCGGAGGUGGCACCGGUGGCAGUGGGGCUACUACCGGAACCGGUGGCUCUGGUGGCGUGACCUCGUCGGGAACCGGCAACACAGGCAACAGCAACACGGCCGGAGGAAACAGCGCCAGCAACAACAGCAAUACGGCAAAAGUACUCCGAGGACGGAUGAAAUGUUUCCUGACCUACUAUGCGUGCACCCUCAUCAACGCUGGGCCAGAAAAUACCUACUUUGAUCCGACCUCGUCCUAG